AUGGGCUUAACGACGAAUCUCCAUAGCUUAAACCUUCGUUCUACCUUCUUCACUCGUCCCCUUCCUUGCCCUACACCAUUCACCUUCAAGAUCUCCUCUGUUUCUAAACCUAAACGAGAAAUCCCCAACCCUAGAGCUCGAAUCAGCUCAAGCUCUUCGGUGAAUGAGCUCGAAUCGCUCUUCUCCUCGACGGACGAUCACGAUCGGAUCCGGAAGAAGCAAUCAAACGACGGCGCGUCAGCGAUUUCCUCGGGAGUGAGACUCGAAAACAUAACCAAGAGCUACGAAGGCGUGACGGUUCUCAAGGAUGUGAAUUGGGAAGUGAAGAAAGGUGAAAAAGCAGGGUUGAUCGGCGUCAACGGUGCCGGUAAGACGACACAGCUCAGGAUAAUCGCUGGUCAAGAGGAGCCUGAUUCGGGAAAUGUGAUCAGAGCCAAACCCAAUUUGAAAGUCUCUUUCUUGAGUCAAGAAUUCGAGGUUUCGUUGAGCAGGACGGUGAAGGAAGAGUUCAUGAGUGCCUUUAAAGAAGAGAUGGAAAUAGCGAGGAAGCUUGAGAAGUUACAGAAGGCUAUAGAAGGAGCUGUUGAUGAUUUAGAGCUACUGGGAAGGCUUCUCGACGAAUUCGACUCGUUGCAGAGACGAGCUCAAGAGGUUGAUUUGGAUUCUUUAGAUGGUAAAAUCAGUAAACUGAUGUCGGAAUUAGGGUUUGUGUCGGAGGAUGCAGAUAGACUUGUGGCUUCUUUUAGCAGUGGAUGGCAAAUGAGAAUGUCACUUGGGAAGAUUUUGCUUCAGAAUCCAGAUUUGCUGCUUUUGGAUGAGCCAACGAACCAUUUGGAUCUUGAUACUAUUGCGUGGCUUGAAAGUUACUUGAAGAAGCAAGAUGUGCCAAUGGUUAUAAUAUCACAUGACAGAGCGUUUCUUGAUCAGUUAUGUACCAAAAUUGUGGAAACCGAAAUGGGCGUGUCGAGGACUUAUGAAGGUAACUACUCUCAGUAUGUGGUUUCAAAGGCAGAGUGGGUCGAAUCUCAGUUUGGUGCUUGGGAGAAGCAACAGAGAGAGAUUGAAGCAACAAAGGAUUUGAUCAGUAGGUUAAGUGCUGGAGCAAAUUCUGGUCGAGCUUCUUCAGCUGAAAAGAAACUGGAGAGGCUCCAAGAAGGAGAGCAAAUAGAGAAGCCAUUUCAGCGGAAACAAAUGAAGAUUAGGUUUCCAGAAUGUGGAUUAAGCGGGAGAUCUGUAGUCACUAUUAAGAAUCUUGAAUUUGGUUUUGAAGAUGAGAUACUGUUUAAAAAGGCAAAUCUAGUGGUUGAAAGAGGAGAGAAAAUAGCUAUAAUUGGUCCAAACGGGUGCGGUAAAAGUACAUUGUUGAAACUGAUUAUGGGAUUGGAGAAGCCUAUGAGAGGUGAAGUGAUUCUCGGGGAGCACAAUGUACUACCAAACUACUUCGAACAGAAUCAGGCAGAGGCUUUAGAUUUGGAUAAAACUGUGAUUGAGACGGUUGUUGAAGCUGCUGUAGAUUGGAGAAUUGAUGAUAUAAAAGGUCUUCUUGGUCGCUGCAACUUCAAAGCUGACAUGUUUGAUAGAAAAGUCUCUCUUUUGAGUGGUGGUGAGAAGGCACGCCUUGCUUUCUGCAAAUUCAUGGUGAAACCAUCCACUCUACUUGUGUUGGACGAACCCACCAAUCAUUUAGACAUACCUUCAAAAGAAAUGCUUGAGGAGGCAAUAAACGAGUACAAAGGGACGGUCAUCGCAGUCUCACACGAUCGAUACUUCAUUAAACAAAUCGUUAACAGAGUUAUUGAAGUCAGAGAUUGUGGUUUAAAGGACUAUACAGGAGACUACAAUUAUUACUUGGAAAAGAAUAUGGAAGCCAGAGUCAAGGAGCUGGAGAGAGAAGCAGAGUUGGAGAAAAAAGCUCCAAAAGUGAAAGCAAAGUCAAAGAUGUCAAAGGCUGAGAGAGAAGCAAGGAAGAAGCAAAAGAUGAAAGCGUUUCAAGCUUCCAAACACAAGUCAAAGUCCAGCAAAAAUGCCAAGAGAUGGAAUUAA